AUGCGCGAUUCCACCAGCACUAACCCUGCCGACCCGCUGCGCAGCGAACCCACCGUCUUUGAGAACUACGUUCACGACAUCUUCAUCGACAAUGUCCACGUCGAGCUCAGCCUCUGGGACACAGCCGGGCAGGAGGAGUUCGACCGGCUACGCUCACUAUCCUACGACGACACGCACGCGAUCAUGCUCUGCUUCAGCGUCGACUCCCCCGAGUCGCUCGAGAACGUAGAAACGAAAUGGGUCGGCGAGAUCGCGGAGAACUGCCCCGGCGUCAAACUAGUGCUGGUAGCGCUGAAAUGCGACCUGCGCGAGAAGCCGGACGAGGACGAGGACGGAGCGCGCAACGCCGGGGUCCACGGACAGCCCGAGAAGAUGAUGAUCGACUACAACCGCGGCCUUGCCGUCGCAGAGAAGAUUCGCGCGUUGCGGUAUUUAGAAUGCUCGGCGCGCGAAAACAGAGGCGUAAACGAAGCCUUCACCGAAGCGGCACGCGUAGCGCUCAGCGUGAAAAGCUCCAAGGAGUCCUCGAGCAAGUGCACGGUCAUGUAG